UGGGUUGGAUAAUUGGGCACAUCAUCACACCUCGAGGAGCAGAACGGAAACAAAACAGAACUCAAACCAAACCAAAGAAAUCAGAGGGAAGCAGAGUGAGAGGGAGAGAGGGGAAUAAAGCAGAGGAGGGAGAUAGAUAGAGAUCCCAAAUCAAAUCAGCGAGAGAAGCAGGGAGAGAGAUAGAGGGAGAGCUCGAGGCAAGACCACCACCACCAUGGUCUGCCCUUGUGCCAGUAUAUAAAGAGCGGCACGCCCCUGUGCUGUGCAAAGCCAAGGAACCCGGCAUCCCUCGCUAGUCUGUCUCAUGCUCCGGUCGACGAACACGCUCAGCCCCAGCAGCAGCAGCUCGCCCCCUGCGUCCGGCUCCGGCGAGAAGAAGAAGAUGGUUGGCGGUGGCGCGCCCACCGGCGCGAAGCUGCUGCAGAUCCUGAACGUGCGAGUGGUGGGCAGCGGCGAGCGCGUGGUGGUGCUGUCCCACGGGUUCGGCACGGACCAGUCGGCGUGGAGCCGCGUCCUGCCGUACCUGACCCGCGACCACCGCGUGGUGCUCUACGACCUGGUGUGCGCCGGCAGCGUGAACCCGGACCACUUCGACUUCCGGCGCUACAACGGGCUGGACGCGUACGUGGACGACCUGCUGGCCAUCCUGGACGCGCUCCGCAUCCCGCGCUGCGCCCUCGUCGGCCACUCCGUCUCCGCCAUGAUCGGCAUCCUCGCCGCCAUCCGCCGCCCCGACCUCUUCGCCAAGCUCGUCCUCAUCGGCUGCUCGCCAAGGUUCCUGAACGACAGCGACUACCACGGCGGUUUCGAGCUGGAGGAGAUCCAGCAGGUGUUCGACGCGAUGUCGGCCAACUACGCGGCGUGGGCGACCGGGUACGCGCCGCUGGCGGUGGGCGCGGACGUGCCGGCGGCGGUGCAGGAGUUCAGCCGCACGCUGUUCAACAUGCGGCCCGACAUCUCGCUGCACGUGUGCCAGAGCGUCUUCAAGACGGACCUCCGCGGCGUGCUGGGCAUGGUGCAGGCGCCCUGCGUGGUGGUGCAGACCACCCGCGACGUCUCCGUGCCGGCGUCGGUGGCGGCCUACCUCAAGGCCCACCUGGGCGGGCGCACCACCAUCGAGCCGCUGGCCACGGAGGGCCACCUGCCCCACCUCAGCGCCCCCAGCCUCCUCGCCCAGGUGCUCCGCCGCGCGCUCGCGCGAUUCUAGCGGCUGCCGGAGUACGGUAGUAGGUAGAGGGAGAAGAAGAAGGAAACGGAGGGAGUAGCUCUGCUCACGUACGUACGACACGUACGCAUGCUCCGUGUUUUAUUUUUCUUGUCUGUAUUUUUACCGCGUCGAUUUUACUCCAA